AUGCAAUUUUUCGAUGAUUUGCCUUUCCGUCCUCUGGACCUAAAUUUCGGUCCAGCAAUGCUUGCUAAGGAGGACAAGCAUCCCGACAAACUUGAUUUAUCACUGGGUGUUUAUCGUUCAGCUGAGGGGGAGCCCUUUAUGUUCGAUGUGGUUAAGGAGGUGAGGGCUCAAAUAGCCGGCAACCCAAAUCAGUUGGAGGAAUAUCUUUCCCUACUUGGAAACACACAAUUAUCUCAGGCUUCUAGGGACUUGUUGUUCAAGUGCAAGGACACCGACGAGGAAGAGUAUAAAAAGCUAUGUGAACGUAUAUGCUCAAUACACGCCGCUUCAGCAACCAACGGAAUAUUUAUAGGACUGUUGUUCCUGAAGUUUAACAUAAAGGACGCCAAUAGAGCCUUUACCAGUAGGCCUUGCUGGGUUGGAUAUCCGACCAUAGUCGACAACACUCGUCUUGAGUAUGGUGAAUAUCCGUACCUGAAUAAGGACUCAACCUUGGACAUGGAAGGAAUGCUUAGUUACUUCGAGACUCUACGCAGGGGCGACAUACUACUCCUUCAGGUUUCCGCACACAACCCCUGUGGAGUUGACCCGACAAAGGAGCAGUGGAAUCAAAUAGCCCAGGUGGUGAAAAGGAAGGAGCUCAUACCCUUCCUAGAUAUAGCCUACCAGGGCUACGCUUCCGGCGACUUGGAGGAGGACUCGUACGCCGUACGUCUUUUUGCGACCAUGGGCGUUGACUUCUUCGUCGCCCACUCCUUUUCAAAGAUGAUGACAGUGUACGCCGGCAGAGUGGGCUGCCUCCACCUCGUCAUGCACAGGAACGAUCUGGCUCUUAGGGAGAAGGUGCUGUCCAAUCUCAGACACAUAUGUAGAGGGGUUCACGGCACUCCAGUUCGUCUCUACUCUGAGGUUGUGCACAAGAUUGUGACUACGCCUUCGCUUAAGGAGCGGUGGCUUGUGGAACUAGGCAAGGCCUACAACCGCGUAAAGAGCGCCAGAGUCCAUCUUUACAACAAACUGAUAGAGCACAAGGUCGUUGGCAACUGGGACCACGUUUACAACCAGAAGGGCAUGUUCUGUUACCUGAACAUACCCGAGCACAAGGUCGACUUGCUCAGGACGCGCCACCAUAUAUACCUUAUAUCCAACUCUCGCCUAUGUGUGGCUCAGCUGAACGAAAAAAGAGCCGAAAGAGUCGCUCUCGCCCUUAAGGACGUUCUUGAGAACGAAUAA